UUGCUGCCGCUUCCGCUUCCGGUAACAGCCCGAGGCUUUCUAGCCCAAGUGGCCAUGGCGGGGAGCCGGCUGGAGACGGUGGGGAGCGUGUUCUCCCGGUGCGUGCUCCGAGUUGGGCGAGGGCAGAGUUCCUAGCGGGUCACGACCCUCCUGGCAUAUCCUUAGGGGAUGCGGUUGCGGGUGUCCGAGCCAGGUGAUGCCCUUGGCACGGAAUCGGUGUGGUUUGUCUCUGUCCCCUUGGAUUUCUGUCCUGUCAGAUUGUGCUCGCCACCCCAUUUCGGUGGAGACCUUCUACAGUAAAGAAGCUGAAGGGCCUGACUGGACAGGACGAGGGAUCUGAUGCGGGCCGGGGUGUUGAAAGAGAAGCCACUGUGGUAUGACAUAUAUAAGGCCUUUCCACCCCUGAGAGAGCCUGUCUUCCGAAGGCCCCGCUUGCGAUACGGCAAAGCCAAAGCUGACAUCCAGGACAUCUUUUACCAGGAGGAUCAGAUUCGAGCGAAAUUCUUUGCAACCUAUGGAUCUGGUCAGAAAGCUUUUGAUCUCUUCAACCCAAACUUCAAGUCUACCUGUCAGCGGUUUGUGGAGAAGUACACAGAGCUUCAGAAUCUUGGAGAAACAGAUGAAGAGAAGUUAUUUGUAGAAACGGGGAAGGCUCUGUUGGCAGAAGGCAUCAUUUUAAGAAGAGUUCGAGAAGCAAGGACUGUCAGCGUGAGACUCCAAGCUUCAUCAGAAGGACAUGAGCCUCAGGAAGACGAUGACCUGGCGCAGCGGGGGCAGGUGAAGCAGGAGCCAGAAACAGCCCCGUCCCCUCCCUGAGGCCCUUCAGCGCAUGAGCACGCCCAUCACCGCUGGCCCAAGCUGAUGGACUCUGAUGGCCUCCAUCUCUCAGGCACGUGUGCCUUCUCUUAGUCCCUGUUUUCGGGAUGUUAUGAAUCUCAGUACUGUGGUUUGAAAGCACCAGCUUUGUGAACUUUUAUUUCAAGACAUGGUUAAAUAAAGGGUUCUCCAAUGCUUACAAAGUAAAUUUACUUUGAAACUGUAAAUAACACCAGGAAGCCUUUAAAGGUGCCUUGUGCUGGCCUUGGGCUGCCGGCAUCUGAACUCUUUGGGCUUCUCGUCUGGAUCCCUCAGAAUCCUACUUGGCCACAAGGUCCGGUCCCUCGGCCGUGUCUGCGGGUGGUGUUUGUACUUUUUUUCUGUAGAGCUGUUGACUGCAUCCUGACAGGCACAGCAGAGGCACAGCCAACUCCUGCUGCAGUAAGACCGAGUGCCUGUUUGAUGUGGACGAAGAUCACACCCAGUCCUUGGAUGUCACGGGUUGGGUUCAUUGCUCUUGAGAUGAUCAGCAUGGGCACACAGCUCAUAGGCUGCCUAGAAAUUGUUUGGUGACUGAAUAAAUGACCACACCUAGCUAAAGACUGACGUUUUCCUAGUCACUGGAUUUCCAAGAUGGCAGGGGUAGGGGUCUGAUUCAGGUGGUCUUCCCCACAAACAUCCUGCCGCCCUGGUACUGCUUCCUUGUGUUGUGUUACACCAAAUAAAUGCGAUAUCCUGUUGUGA